AACUCAGUGAUAUAAUGUGAAUAUGGUAUCGUUCAUUAUCAGUAACAUUCUCACAGUACGAAGUUUUUAUAUCAAGCGUGUAUUCUCUUUGCGCCAUUUGCAACGAAUUUAUAAUUCAAGUAAUAAUUUAACUGUGAAUUGAUAGAAUUUUUAUCAGUAUGCAACGGGCAUCGAUGUUACCUUGUCUCCCAGGAUUUAGCGUCGACAAAAAUCUCGGUAGAACAAGAUUUCACAAAAGCCAGCUCUUCGACAAGAUACACAAUGGAGUUUAUUAUUUAUCUGAGAAAGCGGAUACGAAAGCGUAUAGCCGUUAUUCGUCCAUUUAUCCACGAGGGGAGGAGCCAGAAAUGCCGUCGUGGCUUACAUAUGAUGGCCAAAGACUCAUGUUCAAAGCGUUUUUCCAAGAGACUGUACAAGAGAAAUGGAAAACGGCUUUCCACAUUCGCCUGGUGAACAUAAGCUUUUUCCUAGAAGAUGGAACGAUGAAAAUCGUAGAGCCGUCCGUGGACAAUAGUGGUCUUGAGCAAGGUGUUUUGGUCAGACGCCAAAGGAUACCGAUUCCCGAUCCAGUGAAGUACAGAUAUUACGAUAUACUCGACUUAAAUGUUGGCAAGGAACCCGAGAUAUACGGGCGAGUGUAUAAAAUCGUAGAUUGUGACAAAUUCACGAGGCAAUUCCUUAAUCGCAUGGGAAUACCAGUGCCCGAUCCGAUUGAUAUACCGAAGGAUCCGUAUAAUGAAAUUCGAAAAGCUGAGGUAUUUCCAAAAAAGCCUAAUCGCAUGGUGGAUACUCUCGGGAAUUUUUUAAAGUACGAUAAGCAAGUGCUGCGAUUUUACGGAUACUGGGACGAUACCGAGAACCUUCACGGUGUUAUCCAUGAUCUUGAACUGCAUUAUUAUCUCUCUGAUAAUACAAUGGAGAUCAAAGAGAAUGUACCACCAAACGCUGGUCGAGAUUCUGGUCCAAUGUUCGUUAAAAGGAUGAAAAUACCGAAGUUUUAUAGUGGCUUGCAACCAAUUGGUACGGAAAAUCGUUUCACGGUUCUGAAUGUAUUAGGCGAGAAUGCAAGGCAAAGCUAUUACAUGGUGGAUUCUUUAGAUACCGGCAAGAUAUCUGCCGAUUAUUACAAAGACAAUGAGUUAGGCAUCGGUGCGGAGGUAAACGUUUUCGGGAGAAGAGUCAUCAUCACAAACAUGGAUGCUUUUACCAAGGAAUAUUAUCGAAGGAAGUACGGCUUGGACGACUUUACACCUCUAACGAGGCCUCGAAAAGGCGACGAAAUAUACCAGAAAAUCGAGAGGUACAUACCACCCUACAAUGGUUUCGGAUCUUAUGAGGAUUCUCUCGGAAACUGUCUUACGGUAAUGCCGAAACCGCCUAAAUCAGACUUCAUCAAGUUUCUGUAUCACGACAAACAGGGCUUUAAUAGCCAUGUCUUGAGAUUUCGAGCGAAAAUGAUAUCAAAAAUCCCAGAAUUUGAAGAAAGACAAUUCAUUAUAAGAGUAUUCCUCAUGGACGAUACGAUAUCUAUCUUUGAAUUGGCGAAGCGAAACUCAGGCUUUCAGAGAUCCUUAUUUCAAAAACGGAUGCCGAUAAUAUUACCUGGUCAAGAUAUUUUCACAAGCAAGAAACCGGAAUACUACAAAUCACACGAUUUUUAUAUAGGAGCACGCUUAAACCUGUACGACUUUCAUUUUGAAAUUAUGUCUGCAGAUGUUUAUGCCCUCCGUUAUAUGGAGUUACACUGCGACUUGUUUCCUAAAGCGAACAAGAAAUUGAUAAUGGAGAAACUUCGAGAGAAUUUACAGCCUGUUUACAAAGAGUUUAUUCAACAGUACGCCCCGCAUAAAGACACCGAAGACGAUACUCGAAGUUUAGAAUAUGAAAAGCUCAAGAAGGCAUUACGUCAAUAUAUAGGGGACAAGAUAACUGAACACGAAAUGAUCACAAUUGCUCGACAUUAUUCAUCUCACGAGAAGAUAGAACACCGAUCGAGAGAGUAUGUGAGAUGUCUGCUGCACAUGGAAUUACACCGAUUUCUAUGGCACGAUCUUGAUCGUUUACAGGAGGAUUUACAUCAUUGGGAUGAAAAUAGAACUGGAUUUCUACCUCGGGAAUCUCUGUAUACGAUUCUGCGCGGUUGCAGGAUUCCCGUUGACGUGGAAUUGUUGAAUUCCAUGCUGGAUCACUUGCAUAAAGCUGAAGACGGUACAAUCGACUACAACGACUUGUUGCGGUUCAUGAACGUCAAAAUCGAUCCCCUGCCACCUACUGCACCCGUGAACAUGAAAACGGCACUUUGGUGGGCAUCCGAGAGAGAGCCGGACUGCGGUGGGGGAAUAAAUUGGUGCGAGUUUAUUAAGGAUUUAGACAUAAAGACAGAAGAAGACGUGACAGAGAAUAAUAGCAAUACGGAAACGGAACUCGCAUUGACACACUGAGCAUUCUCGCGAUCAAAAUCAUCGUGCGAAAAUAUUUUCCAAUCUCGAUAACAAUAACAAUAUAGUAAUCUCUCGAAACGCAUAUAUGCAUUCCUAUUACAUAUUAGUAUUCUUAUUAGUAUUAAUAUUUCAG